AAUCUUCUCUCUCAACCUCAACUUUCUCAGCUACCAAAAUCUCCCAAGCCUGUUUCCCAGUGAACUGCUUGGGACUCAAAUGGCCACCAUGAAAGCAAUCCAACCUCACCUCCCAUCCACCAUCGCCAACACCAAUGGGCUUCGAAAAAUUUAUGCCAAUCAAGAAACUGCAAUGGAUUUUCGCCCACAUCAAAAAACUUCUAGCCGGUCCAAUCGCCUAGCCUAA